AUGAGUGCUAGAAAACUACAGCAGGAGUUUGACAAGGUCAAUAAGAAGAUCGCAGAAGGUCUUGCGGCGUUUGAUGACACUAAGGAGAAGAUGCAAAAUUGUGAGGUUCCUUCCCAAAGGGACAAGUUGGAGAAUGAUUUGAAAAAGGAGUUGAAGAAAUUACAAAGAUCUCGAGAUCAAUUGAAAAUAUGGUUGGGCGAUAGUAGCAUAAAGCUAGACAAGUCUUUGCUACAAGAGAAUCGUACAAAGAUUGAGCACUCGAUGGAUAUAUUCAAAGAGUUGGAGAAGUCAUCCAAAAUCAAGCAAUUUUCAAAUGAAGGGUUGGAGCUACAACGAGAAGCCAAAAAACUGUCUCGGUUCGGCGAUGUAGAGAAGUUGCAAGAGGCGUGUGAUUAUAUUACAGGGGUGAUUGAACUGUUGACGAAUCAGAAUGAGGAAUUGGAUCAGGAGUUGGACUCACUUGGAGCCCAACUGAAGAAAAAAGGUGGAUAUUCGGUACAAAGUUCGAUAGAAGACAUCAAGUACAAAAUAGAUCGAAAUAACACUCAUGUUGAGAAAUUGGAGGAAGUGUUGGAUAAUUUAGAAAAUGACCGUUUGGAUCCAGCAAAGAUUGAUGACAUUAAAGACGAUUUGGAUUACUAUGUUGAAAUGAAUCAAGAUGAGGAUUACGUCGAGUAUGACGAAUUUUAUGAUCAAUUAGAGGUUGCCGAUGAAGACGAAGAAGAUUUGGAAGUGGAGGGAAGCUUGGCUCAGAUGGCGGCGGAAUCAUUUGAAGAGGAGGAAAGAAAGAGAUUAGAGCUUCAGCAAUUGGGUCAACAGCAAUCGGAACCCACUAGGGCUACUCAAUCUUCGGCUUCUUCCUCAGUGGCACCAUCACAUCAAACAAAGUCAGGCUCGGUAUCGUCGUCUUCUGAUGCCGCACAUGUACAUGGGCAUGCACAUUCAAGUACUAGUGGUGGUGCAAAAGCGGAUGCAAAUGGUACUGCAGCCCACACGCCUGUAAAGAAAACAAAGCCAAUGAAUGUGGUGCCUGCGCCUCCACCAAUUACAAGUGCAAACUCAUACUCGAGUGUGAUUAAAGCAGCGCAAGCGGCAACCACAAAUGAAUCGAGCACGACAACUCCCUUACCCAACAUUGCAUCAAGCUCCAACAACACCCCUAAAUCAAACAACAAUGUACCUCUUGCCACAGCACUUGGUUCCACUGCUUCUAGUACACCUAGCAAAGCGCCACCUCCGGGAUUUGGGCAGCCUCUUGCAUCUGUACGGUCGCUGUCGGCGUCUCCACUUACAAGCGAGCCAACACCGAACGAUGUUGAUCAGCGCACAACACAGCAGUUGAAAAAGAAGUUGUCAAACAACUCGCAAACUUCGUUGGUUUCUAACUAUGAUUCAGGUUUGGGUGAUUCUUUCAACUUGUUGAUGACUAUAACCAAUAGUCGAUUAAACGAUCCAUUACCUAUCCAGUCAAUUGGCAACUUACUCGAGUCAUCCUUGCUAAACUGUCCGGAUUCGUUCGACGCAGAGAAGCCACGUCAAUAUGUGCCAUUGAAUGUGCAUCCUUCGCUGAUUGAUUAUCCUCAAGAGCCAAUGUUUGAGUUGAAUUCUGUUCACUACAUGCAAAAAUUUGAUGAUGAUACGCUAUUCUUUUGUUUUUAUUACAGUGAGGGCAUUGAUAAUUUUGCCAAGUACAAUGCGGCAAAUGAGUUGAAGAGCCGAGGAUGGGUUUUCAACACUGAAGUUGGUCAAUGGUUUUCCAAAAAGGAAACAAAGCCAUCUGGGUCAAAGAGAUUGCUGAUGUUGCUUCAGAGGGAAGAUUCUGUGGAGCCUCAGGCUGAACCCAAUGGUGAUGCUCAAUUUAAGAAAUACUUUGAUGAGAAAACUUGGCUUGUUAGAAAUGUCAACCUGAAGAAAGUGUAA